AUGUCAUUGAUUUCCCGGAGAAUUUUUCGCCUUCAUUUCUAUAUCCAUACAGCAAUGUUGCUGUUAGCCGUGAGCAUCUUCCUGCCUGGCGCUUUGGCUCUAGCCGUCUUCGUCCUCAUUUGGUGUCUGUGUAUCCGACCUACGCUGCAUUAUCAGCAGUUGUACGGUAGGGGGCCACUGUUGAAGCUGGAUGGGGCGCCAGAGAGGACGGAUCCCUCUGCUCCCGUUUAUGAACCUUGGAACAGUGAUCUUUUGAUGGAAGGAAUGCAGGACCAGCAGACUGUUGGUGUUCUACGGCCGUCUCACGUCUUCCGUUCAAACCAACUGAACAUGCCGUCCUCCGUAGUGGAGGGACAACCGAUUUACGGAACCUUCGAGGUCCGUUCGCCGAGCAUGGCUGACUCAGAUGAUCAAGUUUGGGGCUUGCACUCACAUUGGCUCGCCCCGGUGUUGCGCCAUUUCCGUUGUUCGCGGUCCUAUCCUGAUGGAUCCGCAAGGCUGUUCAGCUUGAAACCUCGUCGUAUCGCUCGUCUUCCACCAGUGCUACCGGCUAGCUUUCUUUUCGUGGCUUGUUUUUCUCUCAUGUUCGAGCAAUCCUGGUCUUUGAACUCCUCGCUGGCUUCCUACCUGUCGUUUGUGAUUUUUAUGAACUUGUUGACCGCAGGAGUGCUGUGCAUUUUCAAAAACUUGGCUUUUGGCAUAUCCACCGCAUUUGUCGGCGUUUACCUCAGCCUUGGAUGCUUCUGCUUGUUCCUCAUUCCCAACGCUGUGCUCCCUCACAUAUUGAUUGAACACUUUCUACGACUCGCUUGGAUCGAGCAGCGUUUGGCCACUGUGCGAAUCGACUUCUGUGGAGUAUACGAUAUUCUAAUCUUCGUAGCCUGGACUGUUGGAACAGUGUUAUUUGGCCUUCUCACUCUGGGUCUUGUACGCUUGCAAGACGCUCGUGAACUCGCCGAGGCCCAACAUAGUCGCCCCGAUUUUCAACUGUCUGACCCCAAAGAGUCUCGCCCGCCUCCUGCAGUCCCACCAGAUACGGAGGUUGUCGCAUUAUCACAUGAUUUAUUAAGUCUGCCCAACCGAUUCACUGUGCCCACAAAAACAGCGCUUGUUGAAGGGGGACCCGAAUCAGACUUGGCACAUGACUCUUUAGCACGAACCGGCUGUGGUGGAAUUGAGAAUUGUGCGUUCAGCGAUUUGGAGUCUUUUCCGUCCAGUUCUCAUCUCCUCUCAGAACGUUCACAUCUGUUGCCUCGCCUUCCACACGCGACAUCGUAUGGAGGAUUAGUCGACACGCGAAGAGCUCCGCUCAUGCCACUAAGCCGUGUUCAACUUGCUGCUUCAAGGUCGGGGGCGGUCGUACCCUCCCCCAGCUCCAUCCUUCGUCCGACCGAAGUUCCAUCACACGCCUUUCCUGUCGUCCAGCAUCACAUUACGGGCAAUACAGGUUUGGGAGACCGGGAUUGGAUGCUCGGUUGACUUCGACGAGUUGAACACCUUCAGGAUUCCGUCGGCCAACUUCCGCUAUAUCUCCGUCUAUCGAUUUCUAUUUUAUACUUUUGAAUCAUUUGAUUUUAUUAUCUGCUUCCCAUGUGAUUUGAACUUUACGCGAGAACUUCUGUACUUCUUGAGGUUUAUACAUCCAUCUGCUUUUAGCUA